UUUUUUUAGUGUUGCUGACGGGAUGCUGUUCUCCACCAUGAAUAAGUCUAAUCGGUUUCGGAUGGGCAGUUUUAAAAUAUUUGAUUUAAUGUUGAAUCAGCGAAACAUUCAUGAAUUAACAUGUCGGUUUGCUGCUGUUCUUCUUUUAACCUGCCAGUGUCUGGCAGACGAUGGAUACGAGAUGGAUGACUUUUUGAAAAGGGAGUACUCUCUUACCAAACCAUACCAAGGGUUGGGCUCCUCCAGUUCCUCUUAUUGGGACCUGAUGGGCAAUGCCAUGAUCACCACUGAGCAUGUGCGACUGACCCCUGACUUGCAGAGCAGACAAGGAGCAGUGUGGAGCCGCGUUCCCUGUUUCCUGCGGGACUGGGAGCUGCAGGUGCACUUUAAGAUCCACGGCCACGGGAAGAAGAACCUGAAUGGAGAUGGAAUGGCUCUGUGGUAUACCAAAGAACGCAUGCAGACUGGUCCUGUGUUUGGAAACAUGAACCUCUUCACUGGCCUUGGAGUGUUUGUGGACACCUACCCCAAUGAAAAUAAGAACCAUGAGAAGAAGUACAAUCCUUCAACUCAGAGGGUCUUUCCAUACGUUUCUGGGAUGGUGGGGAACGGGACUCUUGCUUAUGAGCACGAUCGUGAUGGCCAGUCCACAGAGCUUGGCGGGUGCACAGCCCUGGUGCGCAACAUCCCCCAUGACACCUUCCUCCUCAUCAGAUACACCAAAAACCGACUGACGAUACAGAUAGACGUUGACGGUAAACAAGAGUGGCAGGACUGUCUGGACCUUCCAGGGGUACGUCUACCUCGGGGCUACUUCUUUGGAGCCUCCUCUGUUACUGGAGACCUGUCAGACAACCAUGAUCUCAUCUCUAUGAAGCUGUACCAGCUGACUGUGGAGCGUACUCCGGAGGAAGAGGAGGAGGAAGAGCUCAUCCCCAGUGUUGAUAACUUUGAGCACUUGAACAAAGUGGAGGUGCAAGAAGAGGGGAUGAGUGGAGUCCAGCUCUUCUUCACCAUAGUCUUCUCUGUCAUUGGUAUCUUUGUACUGGGGGUGGUGGCAGUGGUCAUGUAUGGGCGCUGGAAGGAGAACAGCCGCAAACGCUUCUACUGAGGGAGAGCUGGGUAGUCUACGGCUCCAUCCCAAAUGGCACCCUAUUCUCUUUAUAGUGUACUACUUUUGACUAGGGGUCUAGUCAAAAGGUGUGCUCUCUGUAGGGAAUAGGAUGCCAUUUGGGAUGUCGUCUGAGGGAUGCUGUAUGUGAAGGAGGACAAAUGAGGAUGUAGAUUUUUAAACAUACAACAAACAUGCUGUCUUGCCAUACAUAGCUUUACUACAUAACAAUUCCCUUACCUCAAUAAUACUUCAACUGCGACAAAUGAACCGUUCUCGGACCAUCUCGGCCCAAAUAAAUCAAAUGUGACCCCUUUUUUUUUUUUUUUUUUUUUACUUUUUUUUUAAUACUGUGAGAUUAAUCUUUUUUUAAUCUUUUGUUUCACCUUAGUGUUUAACGUAGGAGGCCAUGACCUGUGAAUUGCUGACACUGUCAUCAGCAGACUGCACUCACUUAUAUGCAGUGUGCAUGAUGGCUUCCAGCCUUUCUGUCAUGUUCUGCCGUUGAGACUUCCGAAUUGUUUGCACUGACAUGAAAUGCCUGUGAGAAGACUUAUAUUGAGCUGCCAUAAUAACUAAGUAAUGAGAGAGAGACUUGUUCUCAACAAAAGUACCUAGCUCGGGCCAGUUUAAGACCAGGGCCUUCAAGAUCGUAAUGAAUCAAAUUAUAUUGCUGGGGGAACUGAUCUGAGUUCAGCAGUCCUACUCUGAGAUGUUUUCUUGAAUAUGGGUCCAGGUAUCGCAAUGUACAUGCUAAUCCUCUAGUUCUAUAUUUUGGUUCAUGAGCUAACAUUUGGCUCUUGGUACUGUAUUUCUGUGCUGUAACUACCAUUUACCUACAGUUGAAGUCGGAAGUUGACAUACACUUAGGUUGAAGUCAUUAAAACUAAUUUUUUAACCACUA